UCAUUCAAUUUCUUUGCUUGAAAGUUCAAAGUUCACACUUUUUUUGUGAAAAACUGAUUUUCAUUAGAUUCCUUUUUUUUGUUGGAUUUUGGGGAGAAGAUUCAAAAGGGUCAUUGAAUAUAUAGUUAAGUUUUGAUUUUGUUAAGUGGGUUGCAAUGGAAGAUGAAUGUAGAACACCAAGGUUGUUGCAGAAUCAGAUUCCGGCUGUUUUCAUUUGUCCACCGCCGCCGAGGAAGAAGCCGGUUCCUGGAAUUAGACGACCGCCACCUAAGGAAGGGUAUUUUCAACCACCUGAUCUUGAUUCGUUUUUUGUAAUGAGAAAAGAAGCUUAUGCUUAAUAAAGAUUCAAUUUUUAUUUUUGGGUUUUGUUUUGGGUACUUUCUGUUUGUGGGUUUUGUUUGUAGGAGUAAAAGGAGAGUGUUUGUUAGUUUUAUAGAUUUAAUAUAUAUAAAUAAUUUUGUA